CGAAACCACAAGUGGUGAUUAUUAUUAAAACUUGAUUGAAAGAACACUGAAAGAGCACAUUAAAAAAUAAUUAACCCUUCUAUUCCUGCAUUAUAGAAAACAUCACAAUAAGAUGCGACCAUUGUACCAGGUACAAACUAUUUCACUGCUUCUAAAACAUCUGGACAGUCUGAGAGAUGUUAUAAAUCCGAUAUUAAUCUCGUUAAAUCAAACCAUGGUCGAACGCCAAUGCUGGCUAAAGGACGAUGACAGAAAAACUUUUAAAGAAAUGAUGCUACAACUGGAGGACACAAAUAGUUCAACAUUAGAACAGGUGUCGGCGUUGUUAGAGAGUUCAGGACAGACAGAAGCCAACAUUUCCUCCACCAACCCACCAAUCACCAACACAAAUGUUGUAGCGUCACAACAAGACAACACAGAGGACAAAACAUGCAGCAAGUUUGGUGAGGGAUAUUUCUACUACAGUGUGACCAUAGAAGAGUUCCAGUGUCUGCUACACAAGCUAGACAUCACUGACAUGACAACUGGUUCACUAGAAAGAAAAUAUCUCCAGUUAGAGGAAAAUAUCAACACAGUCAAUGAUAAACUCACACGUUUUGAAGGCAAGAUAAAAUCUCAAGCAAAGAAAUCAAAACAACAAGAUAGAAGGGUAGAAGAAAUAGAGAAAAACUUGGAUGUGUCGACAGAAAAAAUAGAGGAACAAGCUAACGCGACAAGAAAACUUUCUGAUAACAUGAGGCAAAUGAAGACGUCAACACAAGAAAUAAAUAAAUCUUGCUGUGACAACAAGAAACACCUAGAAGAGUUAAGUGUGAUCACUAAAGAUCUGGUCAAGAAAACAAAUGAUAAUGAAACUUCUGUCCAAGAUAUAUCAGAAAGUUUGUCUAGAACUGAUGAAAAAUUAACAAAUGGGGAAUUAAAGACUGGAGCCAUGUGUCAAGUACUGGCAAAAAGAUUUUCACAAUUUGAGUCUUUACAAAAUGUCUUCAGUCAACUGAUGAAAUCAAGAGAACAAAGCUCUGUUCAGUUAACUGAAAAGCUUGAUGCAUUAGAAACAAAAUGUCAAUCUAAUGUUGGGUUUAGUGCCAUGAUAAAACAUGAUUUAUCUCUCACCGCUGGUGCCGCCAUUACAGAGUUUAGUCAAGUGUUCUGUAAUACUGGUGGAUGCUUUCAACCAACGACUGGAGAGUUUACAGUACCCACAGACGGGCUUUACUGUCUCAGUUUUAAUAUAGAUGCAGUAUUCAAGGGUGAAGCAUCCAUCGCAUUAUAUCGCAAACGUUUGUCAACAAAAACCAAGACUGGCUAUCAAGAUGACAACAACACAGAAGAUUAUAUAAGUGAACAAGCCACAGCAUUGGUUGUUGGAUAG